AUGAGUGCAGAGCUCUGCUCGACUUCGGUAAUUCAUUCAUCAUCUCCAGAAAUGCCUCUUAAGGCAAGCUGUGAUAUUUUCUCCCCUGCCUCCUAUCCGAAGACAGCAUCAUGGACGAAAGCCGCAGAUUGCUGUCUGUGGGAUGGGGUGGCCUGUGAUGGAGCGACGAGAGAAGUGAUUGGCCUUCAUCUGAGUUGCAGCUGGCUUCAAGGAACCCUCCAUUCUAACAGCACCCUUUUUUCGCUUCGCAGUCUUUGGAAACUCAACCUUGCUGGAAAAGAUUUUGGUGGCUCUCAAAUUUCAUCCAGAUUGCUUAUAAAUAUAAGGAGGGGGCAGCAGAACGAAGAGGAGAAGACCGCACGAUCAGACACCCGAGUUUUCCAGACAUUAUCACCUGGCGCCCUAUGUGGGAACCAUGAGCAGCUCAGGAUCUUGGACCUUUCAUCGAGCAACCUGAGUGGUGCCCUAGAGUUCGAAACAAUGUUCUCGAAGCUCAAAAAUGGCAUACUCCUCUGGCUCCCAUCAAAGUUGCGACUGCUAGUGCAAAACAAUGGGAACUGCUCCUUCCCAAAUCUCGACAUAAACAUGAUUGAGGGGCAGAUUCCUCAAUGGUUAUUUAGCAUAGGGAUUGAUACCUUGGAGUUCUUAGUUCUAUCUGAUAACAAGAUUACCGGAGUCAUGUCCCAAUUCCCUUGGAAUUGUAUAGAUUUCGCUCUCCUUAGUGGAGACUUCCUGGAGGGACCGCUCCCAGCCCUGCCACCUACAACUUACUUAUCUGAUGUCUCAAACAACAAAAUCUCCGGAGACAUCCCAUCUUCAUUUUGUGGAGUAAGUUCAUUAAGAGAUCUGGUUCUGUCAAAUAACAAUCUCAGCGGCACCGUUCGGGAAUGUUUUGGGAAUUUGACUAAUCUGGGGCGGUUGAAUUUGGGCGGCAAUCAGCUAGAGGGUCCAUUGCCGAGAUCUCUUGCAAACUGUACAAUAUUAGUAGAUGUAGAUAUCAGCAAAAAUGAAAUUUCUGACACUUUUCCAUACUGGCUGAUUAUCCGUGUUGAGAUCUCGAUCAUUGAUUUAUCAAAUAAUGGUUGCAAAGGUCCCGUACCAAUUCCACCCCCGGCAAUUGGUUUCUAUCCUGUGUCUGGAAAUGAGUUUAUGGGUGAGAUUACGUCUUCAAUCCGCAAUGCUACUGGUCUUGAGGUCAUCAACUUGUCUAACAACAGCCUGAGUGGCACCAUCCCUAGUGUCUUGCAAAUUCCAAUACCAAAUCAACUUGGGGGUGCACUACCACGAUCUUUGGCAAAUUGCAAGAACAUGGAGGUCCUUGAUCUCGGCAACAACUACUUGGAGGAUCGCUUCUCUGUGUGGUUAGAUGCUCUUCCUGAGCUGCAGGCAAAUGCCAUGAAGAAUGAAGAGAAAGGAGGUCUGCAGUACAUGAAGAGUAGACGCUAUGGUUACCAAGAUUCUGUCAAGAAUCCCUUCUUCUGUAAUCUCGAGUGGCUGGACCUCUCCUCAAACAAGCUCACUGGGCAGAUUCCUACAGCAUUAGCAGAGUUAGCAUCACUAUCCUACUUGAAUCUCUCGGUAGAUCAACUCACAGAGCCCAUCCCUCAGAGCACACAAUUCGACACAUUCAACCGUGACUCUUUCGAUGGAAAUCCCAGAUUAUGCUGGCAUCCCUUGCCACAAGCAUGUGGAGAUGAUGCACAACCCUCAACAACUUCCCCAGAUGAAGAAGGAAUGAACUCGGGAACCAGAUCGAAUGGAGAGCUGUAG